UUGAAAUUGCCAGAUAAUGCUAGUAGAAACAGCUGGAAAGUAGGUCGACGUGUGAUUGAGUUUGACUGUCUGUUGUCUGGAUUGAAAUUCUAUCAAGGCUGUUUAUUAGGACCUGUUCCAUUAACGUACGACUCGGUGGUAGGUGAACUUAAAAAAGGUCUGGGAGGGUACCUAUACGUUAUGUGCUCUAAUACAGAUUGUCGGUACAUAAACAAGGUCGCCUAUGGAAAAACGCACCACAUCAGAAAACGCGGCAUGCCUUGUUUUUCUGUAAAUACAAAGCUAGGGACAGCUAUGAUAGACAGUAUCGGAGGCCCUGUCAAAGUAAACAAUACGUUGUCGACCCUCAAUAUACCUCCCAUUGGUGAAAAAAAUCUGAAAUGCAUGGAGAGGAGAGCUGGUGAAGUAGUUGAAAAAGUUGCAGGAAUGUCCACACUAAAUGCAGCAAAAGAAGCAUUUGAGAUGGAAAUGCAAGACAUUGCCAAGGAGGAGUCGAAGGAAGCUAUACAGAGUAUGGGUGCUGUCGAUGAAGACCUGGGUGUGUGUCCUCUUCCUGAUGCUUCACCGUCAAUCAGACAAGUAUGUUCUAAUGUGUUUGAUGGUAUGAUUGGUGACCAUGCUGACCAUAACGAUGAAUUAUUAGAUGAUCAAGACUGGGAAGAUGUUCCUGAUGAGGAGUAA